GUAUUGCUGGAAAAGCGCAGCCGGUUAGGCAGCAUCCAAGGAGCAGGAGAAUCGACGUUUCGGGCAUAAGCCCUUCUUCAGGAAUGAGGAAGGUGUGCCAAGCAGGCUAAGAUAAAAGAUACAAAGUGUGACAAAACAAACUCCAUUAGAAACAAUUGUGAAGCACUUCCAGAAAGACAAACCAUAAUUCAGGACCACAGCAGAAGAAUGGCCAGCGAAUUUGAUCUAUCUCCUCCAGAAAUACCGGAACCAACCUUUUUUGACAACGUCUUGCGUUAUGGCUUGUUCCUCGGGGCAAUUUUCCAGAUUAUCUGCAUAUUGUCUAUCUUACUACCUUCUCCUAAAUCAUCGGAGCCAGAAUGGGAAAAAUCUGAAUCAAAGCCUUUGGAUACAAGUAAAAAACAGAAGCCUCCAACGCCUUCCUCAGGCAAAAAAGCCAAGAAAGAGAGCAAAAAGAAGAGAUAGCUUACCAGAAGAGAAACAGAGUUAAAACAAGACAUUUCUAUGGUGGUUCUGCUUUUGUAUUAAUUGUUCCUGAAAACGUACAAACUUUUUUGAAAAAAAAUCCAUGCUGUUUAUAUGUAUGAUGGCCUUUCACAAAACUGUACUGCAGCUUCAACCUUAAGUUCACUUGCCUGCAUCCUCUGUAAAUUUUAAAAUUACCAGGUUAGAACCAGCUUUGUAGUGUUAGUUACUGUAUCUAAAGCUACACAUUAAUCUUUCAUUACCAAAAAUGGUUCUUUAAUAUUGCUGUGGACUAUGGUCUCAGGAGAGCAGCACUUCUCCAUAUUUACGCACUACUUAAACACUACAUAAAUUCUCCCUAAAAGUAAAUAAGAAUAAAUAUUUAUAACCUUUCUUCCACAAUGAGCCUGGAACCAGCUAGAAGUUCAUAUUGCUGUGCACCCCAAAACCAUAGAUUUUUAUGGUUUGAGCAUUUUUACAAUGCAGGAAUGAGGGCUUUUUAAAACUCACAGAAAAAUCUAAGUCCAUAAAUUUCACAAUAGUUUUCCAGUUUCCUGGAAAGCUUCAGGACACCUUCUCCCCCUUUCACCACAAAUGCCAGAAAGCAAUGUUGAUAGCUAUUUUGUUUUCUCACAUAUUUCUUCUUUGGGAAUUUAGGGCCUGGGUCUCUACUACCAGCCCAACUGAGACUAGAAGGCUGAGUGAAAGUGGUCUGUUAGUAAUGAACAGCCAGACUUUAACAUAAAACAACUGGGAAAUUAGGCAACAAAUGUUUCUUGAGCAGCCCAGCAAAAUUUGUGACCAGUGUUCCAAGUAAAGGUACUGAACUUAGACCACCAGAACCUCCCACCUUAUCUUGCAUAUUUUGACAUCAUCCAUAAAAUUGUAAAUCAACUGGAGUAUCUCUUUCCCUCCUCCAGCGCAACUUUUUUUUAAAAAAAAGCCGCCUGAUGAUUGUUUCCAGUUGCCUUUACAUUUUUAUUGGGUGGCUCAGUGGUUAGCACUGCUGUUUCACAGUGCCAGGGACUCCAGUUCGAUUCUGUCCGUGUGAAGUUUACACAUUCUCCCCGUGUCUGCAUGGGCUUCCUCUGAGUGCUUUGGUUUCCCUCCACAAUCCAAAGAGUGCUGGUCAGAUGAAUUGACCAUGCUAAAUUGCCCAUAGUGUUAGAUGCAUUAGUUAGGGGUAAAUAUAGGAUAGGAGAAUGGGUAUGGGUGGGUUACCCUUCAGGGGGUUGGUGCGGAUUUGUUGGGCCAAAGGGCCUGUUCUCAUACUGAAGGGAAUCUAAGCAUCCAGAUUUCCAGGUUAUUUUGUAGGAGAAGGUUAUGGCACAAUUGUUCAUGUUUAGAUCAUAAAUUAUAAUUACAUCAAACACUAUGUCAAAAUUAAUUACUAUGUGACUGGAAUGCUUUCCUUUGUAUUUUCUAAAAGUCAAAUAAAAUGAUUUUUUCUGUCAAUAAUA